AUGCGCAACCCGAAGCCAUCUAAGCCUGGUUUCGGUUAUCAUUUCUGUAUUUACACUGGCGACGUAACAUCUGGGACUGCUAUUCAGUUAACGGACGUAAAACGUACCUACCGUAGGGGGUAUAAAGGUUCCCUGAAGGCUGCACAUCCCAUACGAACUUCAAGCCUUUCAACCGCAUGUUUCCUAGCGCCGACCACGGAGAAGCCGAAGAAUACCAUUCGGGUUGGAAAUGGAGGUCGUCGUACUGGCACCGUCGUAGACGUUCUUAUUUUUUCUUUGAGUAUACCCAUGGUCCCUUUCCAGCUCAAGGCCCUCGGUUACAAGGACGUCGCUUCUCUGAAUGGGUGGCUUCUUUUCGCAUAUAGUGCAGGCGGUAUCAUAGCUUCUGUGCCCGUUGCUCUAUGGUCUGAAGCGUACAACACGCGAAGGCUUCCCUACAUUACUGGUGUCUUGACGCUCAUAGUUUCCCAAAUCAUGUUCAUGGAGGCACCUUCUUACUGGGUCAUGUGUUUUGCGCGGUGUCUUCAGGGCGCAGGAAACUAUACAAGGUUGGUUGUUGGUUCAGCUCUUUUGUGUGAUCGCAGUCCUUCCAGAGUUGUUGGUAGACAACUUGACAUUGUGAUGUCCGGUGUACUCCUUGGUCUGUUUAUUGGAACCCCAAUAGCCAGGCCGUUAUACGCCCGUUUCGGUCUUCGUGGCCCAUUCAUUUUUGGCGUCAUAGUUUCCUUGCCCGACCUGGUCUUUAGGCUCCUCAUCACCGGCGCAUCCAGGCCCCCGCCGUCCUCGGUAAUAUCGGAUCAUAUACCGUUAGAGAGGAAGGAACUAGAUAACAAGGAGAUUGGAGUUACAGUUCAAUCGGACGAAGCUAGAAUCUCGUUCGUGCGAAGUUUUCGUUUUUUGCUCCAAUCACACUGCGCUCUAGGGGCAGCAUGCGUCUCGGCUAUAAUCGCUAUAUUGGAGGGCAUGUUGAAUACCGUCUUAUCUUCUCAUCUCAGCAGUGUCUGGGGCCUGGAUGCUUCAAAAGUUGGCCUUGUUCUUUUGGCUUCUCUUAUUCCCACUAUCUUUGCCCCGCCGAUUUCAGGCUGGCUCGCAGAUCGCUUUGGUGUUUCCAUAGUUAUCAUGGUUACUCUAAUUUCUGCCAUGCCGGAGUACCUUGUGAUGAUCCUGGAUGUGCAUCUGGCGCUACUUAUCGCAGCUUAUGCCUGUGCAACCCUUUUCACCUAUGGACUUGCGACUUUGGUGCUUACGGAGUGUGCAUCUAUCACACGUACCGCUGAUGGCAUGCGCAUGUCUAUGCGCUUAGCAAUCUGGCGUACGCGAUCGGAUCCUCAGGUCUGUUAUUCUUUACUACCUAUUGUGGGCGGUCAGAUGUACGAUAAUAUUGCCGAAGGAUGGACGGCGUUUGAUGGCUGUGGGAUUACUUGCUCUUUGUAUGGUCGUGGCGCUCCUCAUUGGGGGGAAACCCAUCAGGUGAAGCAUCUUGCAGUGCAUUAG